AUGCGACAUCUGCUGCCACGCAAUGGGCUCGCUGCCAGGUGCUUAUGGGCACCUCCAAUAUACCCCAUAAAUCCAUUCCGCCGCUCAUUUACCAAUUCACGGGCUCACUAUGACCUCUCGCCUUUCACAUGCCGCCUAUAUAAACUCCCCUCCGCGCCAUCUCCGCCCUCCCAGAACCACAAUAGCCUUGCGACCUUCCUCUCCUAUGCCGAUCGCAUAUCACUACCGACCACGAGCACGGUCUAUAUAGGCACCCAUUACGAAUAUACAGUCCUCGAGAGUCUCCGCCGGUACGCGCUUGCCUUGCAUCGCGUCGGCGGGCGCGACGAUGCGGGCAUCGACUUGGUCGGCACCUGGCACCUGCCAGAGCGAGAGCGGGAGCGCGCAGUUCGCGUGUUGGUGCAAUGCAAGGCACUGAAGGCGAAAUUGGGGCCGAACCUGGUGCGUGAACUUGAGGGCGCGCUCCGUCAGGCGCCUGUUGGAUGGCGCACGAGCCAGACGGCGGGCGUCCUGGUGAGCCCGCGCGAGGCAACCAAGGGCGUGCGAGACGCGCUGGCACGGAGCUCAUAUCCACUUUUCUGGAUGCUGGUCGAGCGAGACGGCACGUUGAGACAGGCGCUGUGGAACGCUCGUGCCGAGGAGCUGGGUUUGGACCCUCUGGGUGUGGAGACGAGGUACAGAACUGCGGCGUCGGAAUUGGGAUCUAUCACCACGGAGACUACCUUGACUUGGGAUGGAUAUGAUAUUCCAGAUAUGGACCAAGUGGAGUCCGAGUUGGCCCGGCACGAGCAGCAGUGGGUUGCAUCGUGGGGACUAGAUAUACCCGAGUCGGAAAAAGAUAGACUGUUGGAUACUGUUGAGAAGAUCUUCCCCCAAGGCCAUCCAGACCCAGCAGCAGAUGGCAAGGUGCCCAAGGAGCACCGAGAAAGGAUUAUGCAGGCACUAGCGAGCGUUGAUCGCCCCUAA